CGGUGCGCACAGCAGAGGCGCUGGCCCGCUCCAGGGAUCCUUCCUGACGGGCGGUGCAGCGGGGUGGAAUCGCGGGCGCCGUUCCUUUGGGUCAGGCAAGAGGCCCGACUGCAGACCCCCUUGGGCCGGCCGGCUCUAGAGCUUGUCGGGAAAGGGCAGCCCGGAGGGAGGCCCUGCGAGGCCCGCAGCUUUCCUGCUGGGAACGGAGCGGCCCCCUUGAAAGUCACGGGAACCGAAAGGGGACGGGGCGAAACCGCAGGAGUCCGAGCGCCGCCGCCCGCCACCUACCGGGCCGGAGGGAGCACUGCGGGGCGGGCGGGCACCCAGAGGGGAGGCGGCAAAGCUCGCCCUCCGAGCCCGCCCUUCAAGCCCGAGGGAGAGCGCGGAGCUCUCCUCUCCGGCGCGUGUCGCCGCCGAAAAAACACCUCCACGCCCCCGCCGGACGCAGCUAGGAAGGCGGCGCCCCGCCAUGAGCUUCUCCGACGCCGCCCGCCUGCUCGACGCCGCGGACUUCGCCGCCCGCAAGCACAAGGCCCAGCGGCGCAAGGACCCGGAGGGCACGCCCUACAUCAACCACCCCAUCGGUGUGGCCUGGAUAUUGGCUCAGGAGGCCGGAGUCACGGACGUCGCGGUGCUGCAAGCUGCACUUCUGCACGACACGGUGGAAGACACCGAUACCUCCCUGCCAGAGAUCGAGGAGCGCUUCGGCCAGGAGGUGAAGGGCAUCGUGGAGGAGGUGACGGACGACAAGGCCCUGCCCAAAGUGGACCGCAAGCGCCUGCAGGUGGAGUGCGCCGCCCAGAGGAGCCCAGCUGCUAGGCUGGUGAAACUGGCUGACAAGCUCUAUAACCUGCGGGACCUGAACCGCUGCACACCUCAAGGUUGGUCUGAAGAACGGGUCCAGGAGUACUUUCUUUGGGCUUCAAAGGUCGUGAAGGGCUUGAGCGGGACAAAUGCAGUGCUAGAAGAGAAGCUACAGCAGCUGUUUAAAGCAAGAGGCCUGUCUGUGUAACGUUGCAGAGCACUCGCUUGUCCCACUUGGACACCACAGACUUUGCUCUGCUCCUGGAUUGAAAAUGUUAAAUGUGCAGGAGUGGAAGAACAAAUUAUAUGGCAAAACUAACAAUGUAUAUACAUAAUAGACCAAUCUUAGAAUUUCAAGUAAAAUGGGAAGUAUUUUUUUUACUAUUAAGUUAGAAAUCAAGGAUAAGUAAGAAUAAAUUUAAACUUAAAUUAGAAAGUAAAGAGAUUGGCGAUAUGUUUCUAAUGUUUGUAACAAAACCACUAUUAGCUAUGAAGCCAGAUGGUAAAGUUAGAAUAGAGAUAUCUGAAUAGAAGUGAAAAAUUAAGAAUAUAUAAAGUACGGUAUAAAGGGCAAGUUCUGUAUAGAUAUGUGAACUCUAUGAUUUGAAUGACUUUAUGUUUAUAUAUAUGAUUAGUUUGUUUCUAUGUUUUAUAGGAGUUUUUGUGUGAUUUAACCGAUAUUACCAGUCUGUUAGGUUUGUCUGUAUACGUUGUUGGCUUCUAACCUGCCGGUUUCUUUGGACAGGUUGUUUUAUGUAUAGUAGUAGAUGAUAGAAGACAUAUGAUUUAGGUGAUUGUAUGAUCAUGUUUUUGAGUUUAUUAAUUUAAAUAAAAACAUUUUUAAAAGAAA